AUGUAUGUGAAAUGGUUUGAUACAGUAAUGUUUUACUAUGUGAUUUUAGUGAAUGUCACUUUUUGUCAUUUUCAAAUUUCCCGUCGUUCCGUCCUCUGUACGUCCCGACGCUCGCAGGGAACGGAACCCAGAUGACAGAUGCCGGCAUCCACCGGAUUACAUUGCUGGGGACACUGCAGGAGGGACAUUGCGGGAGCGCAGGACAAGGUAAGAGAAGAACAGAUGCAGAAGCAACGCUGCAUGGUAAGCCCGAGUGUAGCUCGGGGUUGCCGCUUGUGCUACACUCGGGAAUACCGCCAGGGAGGUUA